GUGAUGGAGCACCUGCAGGCAACUAUGGCUACACCAACAGUGGAUACAGUGUUUAUGAAGAAGAGAAUGACAGGCUAACAGAAAGUCUGCGUACAAAAGUCAGUGCCAUUAAAUCGGUAAGUAUUUAG